CUUCCAUUUGAUUUUUAGCUCAUACUGUGAGAUCGAUCAUAUGUAUUAGACUUUUCGUUUUCGAUUCAGAAAGCCAAACAGUCCCUUAUACAAAUUUCAGCAGGUGGUUUUGCUUUCGAUGCUGGAAGUUUGAAGCUUUUUGGUUACCUUUUGAGGUUGAGAAAAGUUGAAGCAGUUGUUUAAGGAUAUGUUAUUUUUGAAAUUUUGAUGAAUGUGUGGUAAUUGUUGGGAAAUUUUUGCUGGUGUUUGAAUUUAGUAUAGAUAAAAUGAGCGUGGUAGGGUUUGAUAUCGGGAACGAGAACUGUGUUAUCGCGGUUGCUAAGCAACGCGGAAUUGACGUGUUGUUGAACGAUGAAUCGAAGCGUGAGACGCCUGCUGUUGUUUCGUUCGGCGAGAAACAAAGGUUCAUGGGCUCAGCUGGGGCAGCUUCUGCGACGAUGAAUCCUAGGUCCACUAUUUUGCAGAUUAAGAAAUUGAUUGGUAGGAAGUUUAAUGAACCUGAUUUAGAGAAAGAGCUCAAGCUGUUCCCUUUCGAAACUUUCGAAAGCCCUGACGGUGGAAUAUCGAUUCGGUUACAGUUCAUGGGAGAGGUUCACGAAUUUACUCCUGUACAGAUUUUGGGGAUGUUGCUUUCACAUUUGAAACAGAUUGCUGAGAAGAAUUUAGAAAUGCCUGUUUCGGACUGCGUAAUUGGGAUUCCAUCUUACUUCACUGAUUUACAGAGGCGUGCUUAUUUGGAUGCAGCAGUGAUUGCUGGGUUGAAGCCAUUGAGAUUGUUGCAUGAUUGCACCGCCACUGCGCUCGGAUACGGGAUUUACAAGACUGAUUUUUCUAACUCAGGUCCAGUUUAUACUGUCUUUGUGGAUAUUGGUCACUGCGACACACAGGUCUGUGUUGCGAUUGAGACAGGACAAAUGAAAAUCAUUUCUCAUGCUUUCGAUAGGAGCUUGGGAGGAAGAGACUUUGAUGAAGUUCUGUUCAAUCACUUUGCAUCUCAAUUUAAGGAGCAGUAUAACGUUGAUGUUCAUACAAAUAUAAAGGCAUCUGUUAGGUUGAGGGCAUCGUGUGAGAAGCUGAAGAAGGUCUUGAGUGCAAAUGCGGAAGCACCACUUAAUGUAGAGUGCUUGAUGGAUGAGAAAGAUGUUAGGGGUUUAAUCAAGAGGGAAGUGUUUGAGAAGUUGUCAUCUGACUUGUUAGAAAGGAUUACUGUCCCUUGUCGCAAGGUUUUGGCAGAUUCUGGUCUGACUCUGGAUAAAAUCAAUUCAGUUGAGCUUGUUGGAUCAGGGUCUCGAAUUCCAGCUAUUACAAGGAUUUUAGCUUCUAUAUUUAACCGAGAACCUAGCCGAACGAUAAACGCUAGUGAGUGUGUAGCUCGUGGUUGUGCUCUUAAAUGUGCGAUGCUCAGUCCAAUAUUCCGUGUCAGAGAGUAUGAGGUUCAAGAUUCUAUACCUGUAUCUAUUGGACUCUCAUCUGACAAAGGUCCAGUUUGCACUCUUUCAAAUGGUGUGCUUUUCCCGAAAGGGCACCCAUUUCCAAGCGUUAAGAUUCUUACUUUGCAUAGAACUAAUAUGUUCAAUAUGGAAGCUUUCUAUGUGAAUUCAAAUGAGUUACCUGGAUUAUCACCUCAACUUAACACUUUUACGAUUGGACCUAUCCUAUCCCACACAAAUACAGCUAAAGUGAAAGUCAGAGUUCAGCUAAAUCUUCAUGGGAUUGUCAAAUUGGAGUCAGCUGUGCUAAUAGAGGAUCAAAUGGAUAACUCUGUGACAAUCAAUGAUUAUGCACAAUCUGAUCAGAUGUCUUCUGGAGAAAACAUUGCUGAAGUCAGUGAUAAUGCACAAUUAGAUCCUCCAUCUGCUCCUAGUGCUGGUGUAGCAAGAAGAGGAAGAGGUUUAAAAAGGUUGGAAAUCCCGAUUAGUGAGAGUAUCUGUAAUGGAGUGCAAAGGGAUGAGCUCACUAAAGCUGAAGAGAAAGAACGCUGGUUGAUGCAACAGGACUUGAAGAUGGAGCAAACCAAAGAUAGGAAAAAUGCCCUUGAGGCUUAUGUUUAUGAGAUGCGUGAUAAGACUUUAAAUACAUACCGAAGCUUUGCCAAUGAGUUGGAUAGGGAAGAGAUUUCUAGAAAACUUCAGGAGACAGAAGAUUGGCUUUAUGAGGAUGGAAUGGAUGAAUCUGAAAAUGUUUAUGCAGAGAAGCUCGAGGAUUUAAGAAAGCUUGUGGACCCUAUUGAAAAUCGGUAUAAAGAUGAAGAAGCUCGAGUACAAGCAAAAAGUGAUCUGCUAAAGUGUAUUGAAGAUAAUCGGACAGCUGCAGCAUCACUUCCAUCCAUUAAGAAAGAUGCGGUCACUGAUGAGUGUAAUAAGGCGGAGAGGUGGUUACAAGAGAAAUCCCAACAGCAAGACUCCUUGCCCAAAGAUGUUGAUCCGGUAGUUUGGUCAAGUGAGAUCAGGAGAAAAACAGAGGCUCUGGAAGCGACAUGCAAAUAUAUGAUUAGAUCCAAUGCUUCUACACCAAGUCGGGAUGAUAUGAAUGAAUGAUAAAGGAGGCAUAUCCGAUGGCAUGCAGUAAGAUUGAUGUUGAUUUGAAUUGAUUUAUAACACCAAAGACCAGCCAACACAAAAACAACUAAAUCGUCUGCAAUUUUAGUUUCAGUAGCAGCAGAAAGUAUAAAUCACCAUUGCUCAAGGUGAGCACUCAUUGCUUUUAUUAUCAAGGUCGUCAUCUCUCUUGAUGUUUGUUUAAUAAAAUGAAAAUGUUCAGAUGAUGCCCCUAUGAUUUUCGUUA